AUGUCACAGACGCUGGUGUGCGGAACGACAACCACUAAAGGUUUGCCAAAUGUUCAUUUUCUCCAAUUUCGUUCCCAUUUUCAGCACACUACUCGACAAUCGUGUUCGGAACGUGAGUCAAUCUCGAAUUGAUCUUUCUCCCCCACCUACGCACCAUUUUUUCUCGUUUCAGAACCGCAUUCUUCGAAACGACCGUGGUGGACGAGGCGACGACAACCGGUGCGCCCGUGACGACGACGGAAGCGGAAGCGGUCGCAACGACCAAAGGAUCGGAGACUACUGCCGCAGACGCCACCACCAAAGCUUCGGAGACGACUGCCGCAGGAUCGGCGACGACGGAAGAGGCUUCGGCCACAUCCAAGGCGGCGGAGACUUCGGCAGCGGCAGCAGCUACAACCAUCGAAGCUUCUGUGACAACCGUCGGAGUAGCUACAACAGUCAAGGACACCGCAACUUCAGCUGGAGUAGAAACAACCGCCAAAGAUUCGGCGACCUCUGCCGGAGUAGCCACGACGGCCGAGGCAGAAGUCACGACACCUGCAGAGGCUACAGAUGCUGCCGAAACGAGUGCAGCUGGAAGUGCGACAACGAAGAGUUCAGACGGAGGAUCGGCGAGCCCGUCCGGUCAAGAAACUACCCUCGACUUUACAUUUGCGCCGAACCCAACGGGAAGCGGAGAAAUCACGACACUACCGGCAGAAGAGUCGACGGCUCCGUAUGAUGAGUGUGCUCCGCCCGUCACGACAGUCUCUACGAUGGCUCCCGGCACCCUCGGAACACUAUUCCCGGGAGGUGGCAGUGGAGACGGCGGCUUCGAUCCGUACACUUUCGCCACGGAGACUCCGACUCCAAUGCCCGGAGUGACCAGAACGCCGGCAUGCAAGACGACUCCGAUUGUGACGACGACGAUUCAGUUCAAGACGUGCACGAUGAUCGCCGUGUCGAGCACAACUCCGAUGGUCACCUCGACGACGGCCUCAAUGGAUCAGACCUCCACGACUGCGUCUGUCGACGUCACAACUCUUGACUCGGUUUCCUCGACGACAGACGACGUAACAACGACAGCGGAUUCUGAAGAGUCCACCACUCCGUCAAUUGCUUCGUCGGAAUCUGUCACUUCUGAAGAACCAAGUGCCUCUUCUGAUUCUGCCACGUCUGAAGCGAGUGUUACUUCUGAAGAACCGAGUGGCUCAUCCGAUUCUGUCUCUUCCGAAUCGCCGUCUGCCACAUCUGAAGCAAGCGUUACCUCUGAAGAGCCGGACUCAUCGUCGGACUCUGCGUCAACUGAAUCUCCGUCGGCCACCUCAGAAGCAAGCGUCACAUCUGAUUCCGUAUCUUCUGAAUCUCCGUCGGCCACCUCGGAGGCAAGCGUUUCGUCUGAAGAACCAAGCGGUUCAUCUGAAUCUCUAUCGGCCAGCUCAGAAGCAAGCGUCACCUUUGAUUCGGUGUCAUCCGAAUCUCCAUCUGCCACGUCAAACGAACCGAGUGCAUCUUCCGACUCUGUCUCAACAUCUCAAGAAGACGAAACGACUCUUGACACGAUUGUCGAGACUACCACUUCUAGUACUUGUAAGUCAACCCAACAGCAUCAAUGUGAAACUCGGUUCAUUUUUCAGGGAGUACUUGCAACGACUGCUCCCAGAUCAACGUUCAAUUGUUCGACGGAAAUCCGUACGAAGAUGCGUCAUCGGUGCUCAAUAGAUAUUCGGCCUCCGGCUGCUAUUACGUUCAGUUCUUCUGCCGACCCAUCGAGGUUUCCCCUCUUUCUCACUCACUUUUAAAUAGAUUUAAAAUUGAAUUCAGAUCGGUGAGACAAGUACUGUGAGUACGAUUUUGUCCGGGAACACGAGUUAUAUCGGCGCUCCGUUGAGUGCGAACCUCGCGUGUCGGGACAAGAAAUGGGUGCUGUUGAGUUCGACGAACGCGUUGGCGGCCAAUGUCACUUCUCUGGGAUGUGUCUACGCGCAGACGACUACAACCACGAAGAAGCCGACGACAAUUCCGGGGGUGGAUACUUCGAAACCGUGUAUGAACUGCUCGAACCUGGUGGUCAGUCAGUCGACCUAUCCGGAAGGAGUAACUUACCUCGAUCACACCCUCGAGACCUGUCUGUCAGUUGAAGCGCAUUGCGUUCCGAUCAAUGUAAGUUGUGUUCGAUUCCUUUUCUCUAAUCUAACACGAGUUUAGGGAGGGACCGAAGUGGAACUGAUGUACAACAAUAAGGGCGUUCUGGACAGUGGCUCGACAGUGAACAGAACGUUCACCUGCACGAAAAACUCGAAAUGGCUCGAUGUCUCGACGAACACGAUCAUCAGCAACAUCUCGUGCAUCAUGCCGAAAGUGUCGACGACCACACUCGUGCCCUCCACGAUUCGCGAUCUUCCCUCAACUGAUGCCGGGUCACCGACCAAAGACUCGUCAAGCAAACCGGUUACCGUGCGGAAGACCACCCCGGACGCGGCGCCGCCAGAAGAAGAGACGACGCCGAGCGGAUUCACGUCGACCGAGGCACAAAUAACUACAAUAGAGGACUUGCCGUCGACCGGGGUUCAGGUUGUCACCGAAGAUGACAUUCCACAGACGACGACGACGACGACACUUCCAGCGGUCUGCAAUAACUGUGCGGCACUGGAACCGUUGGCUAUGACCAAAUCGGGCACCUACAAUGGAAUGCUUGUUCUUUGGCAUUACAAACAGAACGGAUGUCUUCGAGUCUCCAUUUCAUGUCAGGCGACUGUGAGUGAUACUGACGUCGCUUCGUUGUACUACAAUCCCUAUGGACUUGUGAUGUCCGGAACCGGCGAGCAGGCGAUGGAUCUGGUGUGUAAUAAUGGAAACUACGUGUAUAACGGAGAAGCCAUUUCGACUGUCAGUUGUAUUGCAACAAGUAAGCUACUCACAACUCAACCACCUGUUUUCAAGUUCGCUUUCAGCAUCCGCUCUGGUCCCGGCGACCACCGUACCACCGCUGACUACUCCUGCUCCGGGAGAUGAUUGCAGUGGAUGCAACCGUUUGCCAGUCACCAUCCUCAGCUCCUCCUCUGCCUACACAAACGGUCUUCUGAAGGCCACGACGUCCUACUCCAACUGCAUGUCCGUUCAGCUGACAUGCUACGGCACCACGAGCACCGAUCAAGUCUCGUUGAUCUAUGCGGAUGCACAACUUGCAACGGGGACUGGAAGCGCGGCACUUGAGUUGACGUGUAGUAGCGGUGGAAUGUGGAUGACGUCGGGGCUUCAGAGCAUCGAGAGUAUCUCGUGCGGGUACAUUCCAUGUAAGUCAUUAGUCAGACUGAUAUUAUAGAAAACUUUAUCGUCGUAGUGGGCAUCACAACUACAACUGCUCCCACUUCUUGUGGUGUUUGCGCUAACAUGGAGUCCGCCGAAGCUCUCCUUCAGAGCAACGCCUACGACGGAAUGAUAGUCCUCUACAAUUACGUGGAUUCUACCACCCAAUGCAAGAGAGUCGACAUUUCGUGUCAGGGAACCACUUCCACCGAGAACGCCACGCUGAUCUUCGAUCCACUGGGACCUGUGCUCACAGGAACCGAAGUACACGAGAUCAGUUUGAACUGCUCUUCGGACGGCAAGUGGAAGUACUCGGGAACCGUCAUCGACAGUGUCAGCUGCGUCGUGUCCACUGCUUCCACGGUGACCGUGCCUGCCACUACUGACUUGAUCUCGACGAGUACGACUACAUUGAAUCCGACUAUCCGUAUGAUUUGAUUUAGAAACGUUAAAGGGAACAAAUAAUUGUCUUUAAAGCAUUGUGUGCUCAGUGCACCCGCCCGACCGUGAACGCAGUCUCCUCGAUCGAUAACUCGCUGACGAACGGCCUCACUUCGAUGACCGUCUACACCGUCAACUCGUGCUCCGUGGUUCAGGUCACGUGCUCUGGAAGCACUUCCACCGAACGAGUCACUCUUUUGGCCGCCACCACCUCGUUGGUCAGCGGAGUCGGCUCCGUAUCGUUCAACUUGACCUGCAACUCUGCUGCCGGUUGGAUGACCGCUGCGGGUACACUUGUGGAUAGUGUGGCGUGUGGAAGAUACAAUUGUAAGAGUUACAUGCAUUUCUAUUGUAUUUUUAGUUUUCAGUAACAUCAUCGACCGGUCCGACGACUACGACAAUGCCCACAACCACGACCACAGCCGCUUCUCAGUGCUCGACGUGCGCAAACAUGAUGGCGAAGGCGGUGAACCCGACCGACGGAUCCUACGACGGAAUGAUCGUUCUGAAUCACUACACCGACGCGACAGGUUGCCGUCAUGUCGACGUAUCCUGCGGACCCACCCUGACCACUGAGAACGCGACCGUCAUCUUCGGAGCGACUGUCGUGGCCACUGGCGCCGCGACCCACUCCUUCUCGCUCACUUGCAACUCCAACGCCAACUGGGUCUAUCAGUCGACAUCCGUCUCCACAGUCAGCUGCGUCAUUUCUACGGCAACGAACGGAGUGACUGUCGCGCCGACCACCACGACCCAGGCGGUCAUCGACGACACCGCCAGCGCGUGCAGUCAGUGCGGAAAGGCGCCGAUCGUAUCUGUGGGCAACGGGUCCACCUACCUGAACGGCUUCUCCACUGUGGUUCAGUCGACGAACGCCGCCGGAUGUUCACUUCUAUACAUCAAGUGUCAAGGUUCUACGGUAAGCAUCUGAUUUGAAUCAUUGAAUAACAUUUCCUCUCUUUCCCAGACCGCUGACGCCGUCGCUCUUCUGUCGGCGGGAUUGCCUUUGCAGAGUGGAUUCGGUUCCACGUCCGCCAACCUCACAUGCAAUACUCAAUCCCAAUGGGCCACCUCCACCGGCUCGGUGAUCACUUCACUCGCCUGCGGACACAAGAACGCCGCCACGACGGUCUCCUCGAUCACAACUCUUGCUCCGACCGGACAGUGUGCUUCUUGUGCGAACAUGGUGGCCGAAUCCAUGGCGAGUUCCUCUUCCUCUUCCUCAUCGAGCGAGUACGAUGGAAUGGUCGUUAUGGAUCACUUCAUCGACCCGAGUACCAACUGCCGAACCGUCGCUGUGACGUGCGCUCCGACGACUUCAACCGAGAACGCCACGCUGUUCUUCGAUUCGAGUGCAGUCGCGACCGGAAUGUCCUCGCACACUCUCGAUCUGACUUGUGACGCUUCGGCACAAUGGACCUACUCGGGAAGUGUUGUCAGUGCGGUCGGAUGCUUGAUUUCCACUGGAACCGGAGCUGCCGCCACCACCGUCACAACUCUUGCGCCUGUCACUAAUCCAGCCAACAGUAAGACAAAAAUUCUGGCAAAAGCUCGGCUUCUAUGUAUUGCUCUUUCAGAUUUGUGCUCUCAAUGCACUCGUCUGCCCGUCGUCUCGGCCAGCACCAUCUCAAGCAACCCGAACGGAUUCACAACCCUAGUGAACACCAUCAACUCGUUCGGAUGCAGUACAGUCUCUAUGGUCUGUCAAGGACUUACGGUAAGCGAUAGAAUGCUUCUGGUUGUAAGUUUGAAAAGUUUUACUAUUACAGUCAGCUGACACGGUGGCGAUUGUGAUCAACGGAGCAAUCUACGCAGACAUGGGAACGAACAGCGUCAACUACACCGACUUCUCAUGCAAUUCUCAAGGAGUCUGGACGAGUACAUCCGUCGGAAACAUCACUUCAGUCGUCUGCGAACGGAUCACAACAUCGGCUGUAGCGUCUACAACUCCGACCACCACCACAACAGUUUCUUCUCUUUGCAACUCUUGCCCAGAUGUCCGGCCACUCUCCAUGGCGUCUGGAUCUUCGUACUACGAUGGAAUGAUCGUGAUCAAUCAUUACAAGGACAGAACGACAGCGUGUCGGAAGGCGAGUAUCGAUUGCAUGCCCACAAUGGACUACGAAGUGGCCGAGUUGAUGUUGAACCAACAAGCGAUCAACACUGGCAGUGCAGUCGGUGUGAACAUGGAGUGCUCGAGUGCCGGCACGUGGACAUAUGACGAGCAGACGUUUUCGACAACUUCUUGCCUGGUCGCUAGUAAGUAACCUGGCUAAUUUCUGACUAUAAACGGUUCUUAAACUCUUUCAGACUCCUCAUCGUCCCUGCCCGCCAGCGGAAAAAAACGGAAGAAGCGUCAGGCCGGCACUGGACUCACCGCCUGCCAGUCCUGCAGCACUCUUCCACUCACUUCCCUCUACUCGUUCUACCCGUACAUGAACGGCUUCUCGACGAUUUCAAUGGAUGACUCUUCUACGUGUAUGACUGCCACGGCGGUUUGCGAAGGCACCACCACGUCCGACGCGGUUGCUUGGAUCGCCUCGGGCACCAUCCUGGCUUCUGGCAUCAACAUGAUCAACUUGACGUUCACGUGCAACUCUCUGAGCAGUUGGCAGACCUCUUCUGGAAGUGUCUUCUCUUCGCUCUCCUGCGGAAGACAGAUCGCCACCACAACUGUCGCAACGACCACUGUCGCCUCAGAGGCGCUUAACUGUCCGAACCUGGUGGCUGAUCCUCUGACCACUUCGGAUUUGGCUUCGGAUGAAUCGAACGGACAAUUGAUAUUGGAUCAUUUCGUGAACACGACUAUCAUGGCGCGCGAGGUGACGAUCAUUUGCUACGGAAGCUCUGCCAACGACAACACCACCAUCUCGUUCGACGGCGGAACACGAACCUACACCGGAACUGGACAAAUCGAGUUGACGCUUGUUUGCAGUUCGACUGGACAGUGGAUGAGAAAUGGAAUUGCAGUCGAGACGGCCGCGUGUAUCGUCGUCGCCCCGUCUGGCACAACCAUCGCUCUGACCACAAUCAUUCCGACGACUCCGACCACUUCUGCCGGCUCUCUGCCAAGUACCAACUGUCCUCGCAAUGUAAUGCUCACUAUUCCGAGCGGCUACAACGCUGGAUACCUUUCCAUGAACACCAUCUCGACGGAAACGUCUUUGGAGGUACAAAUGAGUUGUGCCGCGCCCACCGGGAUCAGUGAAUCCCUCCUGCUCAGUUCAACGGGCGCCAUUUCGACGUCGGGAUCGGCGACCACGAACAUGACCCUGACGUGUAACUCUGCCUCACAAUGGGUCGUCUCUUCGGCGAGUGGGACUGGAAUCGCAGUCGGCACAGUCGUCAGCAGCCUCGCCUGCGUCGUCGCCGCCUCCACCACCACCUUGGCAACGGCGACUGUCGCCGCGGCGUGCCAACAAUGCGCCAACCUCCCGGCGAUCGGCCUUCUAGCCAGUCAACUGGAAGCCAACGAGCGGAACGGACAGUUCGUGUUGGACCAUGUGAGCGCCACGAACGCCUGCCGAGUCGUCUACCUCUCUUGUGCGGGAAGUUCGGCCUCGGAGAACUCGACAAUCCUCUUCAACGGCGGCUCUCAGACCAUGAGCACCCAGGGAAUCACCUCAACUUCCCUCACUUGCACCAGCUCGGCCACGUGGGAUUGGUACGGAAGUUCGAUCGGCUACGCUUCCUGCAAGGUUGCCGAUCGUGCGCUGACCGCCACAACCACCGCUCCGCUUUCUCUCACCACAACCGCCUACGUGGUGCCAGGAGACACGGGAUUGGCGUGCAGCAGAUCGAGCCUCGUCAAUCCUCUCAUCACUGGCGAUGCCGGAGCGUACCUGGUGCUCGAUACCACAAUCGUCAACGGAGGACUCUCGACGACGCUUUCCUGCGCUGCACCGGACGAUUCUGGCUCCGCAGUGCUCACGAACGGAGACGGAAGUGUUCUGGGACAGUCGAGCAACGGACUCGUCAACAUGACGCUCACUUGCAACUCGAACUCACAGUGGGUGCUCACCGCCAUCAGCGCCUCCACGACCGGAACAUCCGCCGCGUUGGGAACGAUCGUUUCGGCGUUGAAGUGCGGAGAAAUCGCUUCUGCGACGACAACUACAACUGUGGCAACUGCGACGACGGCUAGUGGUGCGUGUGGAGGAUGUGUGAACAUGCAGGCCAUCGCUCUCACGUCUACCCAACUCGUCUCUGGCGCCACGAACGGACAACUUUUGCUUUCACACUCGGUCGAUGCGACGAGCAAUUGCAGAAUUGUAGUGAUCAAGUGUAGAGGAGACAAUGUGAGUUAUCUUAUCUUUCUGUGCAAUUAAGUUUUGUUCGGUUCAGACCAAUCAAAACGCGACAAUCUUCUUCAACGCCAACGGUCAGACGUUGUCGGCCAUGUACGGUCAGGUGUCCACUUCCAUGGCUUGUUCGUCAUCCAACACGUGGCAACGGAACGGAGUUGAGAUCGACGGCGUCGCCUGCAUGAUCACUUCGGUCGUCGGCGCCACCUCCACCGCUCCGUCGCCCAUCACCACACUGGCUCCCUCGUCGACCACUCUAAGCGCGAGCGGACCGUCGGCCAGCUGCAACACGGCGUUCAUCACCGCCGUCUCCACUUCCGGCUACUCGAGCGGCUUCAUGACCGUCGACACGACAGUCUCCGGAUCUUCCAUGACCGCAAACGUCAACUGCGCGUCUCCGGUCUCCACGGGAACUGCCGCUCUUCUCGACUCGAGCAAUAAUGUGGUGUCGACGGCGACUGGCUCGACAAAUCUGACGCUCACGUGCAAUGCAAACUCCCAAUGGGUCACCUCUUCGGGCACAAUCAUCACUUCUCUGAGCUGUGGAACUGUCGCCGCGGCCACCACCACUCUGGCUGCUGCUGCUACGGUAAGAAAGAAAUGGGUCAGGAUGAUGUCCGUCGUGUGAUAAACUGAACUGAUGAUAACAAUGAUCUAUUCGCCGGUCGCUUUACAAACCGCCCUAUUGAUUUUAUCGAACAGUACGGCGACGACGUUGACCGAUAUUCCGGGCAGUACAAAGAAACUGAUAACUGGUCUCAAUGUGACCAGUGCGGUGCAGCAACAGCAUCGAGCAGUAAGAACUUUAUACAAACUAGGUUAGGACAAGUGUUGCAACAGGUUGUGGUACAUAUUUUUCUCAAAAAUCAUAUUUAGGACCUGAAACUCCUCUUCUUAAGAUUUAUAUCUCGAAAUCCGAUGAUUAUUUCGAUAAGUGUUCAACUGAAAAGUUAUUUUAAUUUUGAAGCUCAACAGCUUUGUACUAUCAAAUUAAUAAUCUUGCCUCCGGUUCCCCGCCGCUACGCGACCGUUUCGCAGCUGAAAAGACCACGCCCCUUUCUGCAAGUGCCGCACAUGCAGCAUCAAUAAAUUAUUUUUCUUGGAGAAUACACAAAUUACAGUUCAGAAUCUCGUUUAAAUCUAUCCGUUUGCAGAGAUAAUUCUCUAAAAACACUCGAAAGCAAUUAAUUUCCGUCAGGAGUAGCUUUAAUUUGUGUAUUCUCCAAGAAAAAUUGACAGCGUGUGCGGCACUUGCAGAAAGGGGCGUGGUCAUUUCAGCUGCGAAGUGGUCGCGUUGCGGCGGGGAACUGGAGGAAAGAUUAUUAAUUUGAUAGCAGUUGAUUAUUUUAUCUCGAAACCCGUCACUCUUGAGUUACGGUCCAGUUUCUAAACAGUAGGGCGACGAGAAGUACGUUGAGGCUACAUGAGGCCUCUAAUCUGGAGAACCUCAUUAAUAUUGUAAACUUUCAGACAACCUCGGCGGCGGCCAGUGGCGACUGUUCAACUGCCACGUGGAACGCGUGGCAAGAGUGGUCCGACUGCACCGAUACGUGCGGCUCGUGCGGCACACAACAGCGCUUCCGAACAUGCACCAAACCACUUGACACGUGUACCUGCACGGGGUAAUUCUCGCAACUGGUUGCAAAGGGUCAUUGUCCCAUUUCAGAUCGGCCUACGACAAAGCGUACUGCAACCUGGCGGUGUGCAAAUUCCCGCGCACCUCGUGCUGCGACGGCUUCACACCUCGCUCGUCGGGCGGCACUUUUGUCUGCAUGUCGUGAUGCGCCCCGGCAAACGCUAAUUACGAUGAUUAUUGUUUAUAAAAGAAGAAGAAAAAAAGCAGCAUUUCGCUUUGUUAGUUUGUGUUUUUCGCCAAUAAGAACAAAGUACUAGACCUCGUUUUUUUAUUCGCAUUCUGUGUUGCAUGAAGAAGCAGGGUGGCAGUGACCUGUGUACACACAAACACACAGAUAUAUUUAGCAAGUCUGCCAGAAUACCGGAUUGGAUGACCAGUUUUUCGGGAGAAAAGAAACGUUCGCAAACAUGAACAAAUACUCACUCAUUUCACUCGCUAGUAAUCCUUCUCCUCCUUCUCCCACUUCUUCUCGAGAAGAAUGCAACUUCUGCUCCUCCUCGUUUUCAUAGUCCUAACUCUUUUUGUACACUUUUCCAGUCAGGUACGCAAAUGUUGCGCUAUUGUCCCCCAAAUAAGAGUUGCAGUGCAUAUCGUUAGGGUGUCUGGGAGGUUUCGGCGGUUGCGGAUCGUCCUGUCUCUUGGGACUAUGUCUUCAAGCACCCAUUGUACGUGAAUUUUUACGGUUUCAAACCACUCAAAACUGGAUAUCUCAGCUGUCGAUAGAAAUUUCAAAAAGUUGUCAACAAAUGAAUUUUUCAUCAAUACGUUGUGCACAUUUCAUCAAUUGUCACCUUUUUGAUAUCUUUACCGGCAGCCGAGAUACAUCGUCCUGAACGCACGGUACAGUGGUGCUCUUCUAUUACAGUACUAACAUUGAGAGUUCUCCGGAUCAGAUGAUUCAAUUGAUCUGAAACUUGCAGAGUAUACUGUCUAUAGACACACCAAACCAAGACCGAUAGUCCCACGCUAAAAUUUUCGCCUUUCAGAUCCAGCCGCUCGGAUGCCCGUGCGGCGUCGGAUUCAUGUGCAUGCGAGGCGGAUGCGUGGCUCGAGCUGCCGCCGGCACGAAGACGUUCCGCGAAGAUUCCGCCUCGCGACCGCCCGACCUCAAAGACGUUUCUCUGGUCUGUCAUCAGUUUUGGCAAUGUCGCUCCACCGCAAUGAAAACAUUAAACUUCGGUCGCAAGCGGUAGAGCGCCCAAUACGGUUUAUUCAAGACGAUGUAUCUCAGUUGUUUGGAGAGAUAUCAGAAACUUGUCAAUUGAUAAAAUGUGCACAAUGUGUUUGUGGACAAUUUGUCGGUUGACAACUUUUUGAUUUCGCUACCGGCAGCUGAAAUAAACCGUGUUGAGUGGUCGGUACUCUGCUGCAACUUCUAUUUCCAAUCUUCGUUUCCAGAUGACUCCAGAUGAGCACUUUGCCACGUGCUGCACCAUUCUGGACGUGCCCUCCAGCUGCUCGACGCUCUGCUCCUACUCUUCGUACUCUUCGGAGGAAGUGAGUGCCGUCCUUUCGCUGCAGUCGGCGUGUCCCGUCAGUGCCAUCCGAAACGUGCAUUAUUGUGCGGCGCGGGCAACCAACCACACCGAGUGCUGCUCCAAAUCACUCGUGCCGCCGCACUGCCACUCAUUCUGCGACCAGGUUUCGUUCCAGCCGAAAAAUGAUAAAGUGUGGAUGAAUGACAUUUUAGAGUCAGGGAAAAGAAGAGAACGAAAUGUCACUGGGACAACUGCAAUGCGUCCAUUACUUCAAUGAUAUCAAGACGUGCUUCGUCGAGUACGCCAACUCGGAAUACUUUGAAGGAUACAACGAGGACUCGGAUGUGAGGGAACUGAAAAGCGAGGACACCAGUUUGAUCUCUAGUUUUUAG